UGGCUUUUGAACCAGCAAGGCCGAGCGUGGCAGCCAGCACGAGGAGAGCGCAAAAGCGCGCCGCUUCGAGCCCCUUUGUCAAGACGCAGCCUCGCAGCUCGCGCUUCUCCGGCGCGCGAUACAAACUCCAAGUACACGCAGCGCGGCGAUGGCUUGAACGCCUUUACAGCCCUCGGCGGCGCGAGUGAUCUCGUUGCCUUAGAAAACGAAAUCGCAUGUCCCUCUACGACUCGCUCUACCACCAGAAGCGCGCUGCAAAGCUCGCCGAAGCCAAGUUGGCGGCCGAAGAUGCUCUCAUGCGUAAGCCAAGCCCGACGGCGGCCACGAACCAAGGUUCGCGUGCCACCGCGUUCGGGCGCAGCACGACCCCGACAAUUGUCCCCCAGCGUGCGACGACAACUGUCCCGGUGACUGCGCGAUCGAUCGCGCAGUCGAGCGUGCGAUCGACGAUUCGGUCGACGCCAACGCCCGCCACGACGGCGGUGCAACCUCUGACGGCAAGCAGCCGCAGCUCAACCACCGCCGCGCAGCGUCGCACACCGGAGACGAAAGUUGCGACUGCGCCGUCAAGUGCCACCACGGAUGUCACGCCGGCUAGCGCGGCAUCGACGACCACGACUGAGGCGAUCCUCGGUCAGCUGUGUUCGGAAGUUGCAACUCUCCAAGAGCAGGUCGUCGAUCUCCAAGCCAGCCUCGACGCGUCACGGCCAAGACACGCAGCUCCGAGCUUGUCCUUGCCCACGCCCAGCACGACGCUGAUCUCGAGACGCUUGGAGCUCAACUUCAAGCUUCGCGGGAUGCCGUUGCGCAUCUUGGGGGGUCGCUUGAAGCUUCGGAGCAUGCGGCAGCUACCGGUGCCUCCGACCUCGACGCUGGACGGUCCGAUCUCGCCGCUGCUCGGUCGCAGCACGACGCCGACGUCGAGUGACUGGACGCCGAUGUCAAGCGACUGGAAGCCAGCCUCGAGGAAACGGCACGGCAUUGUAAAUAGCAGCCAAUAGACUCACCGAAUCCGUUCUUAUACCUACCUCGCCAGGGUUCGUCAGCCGAGGUGGAGCGAUGCGGUGAGUCAAGAUUGCCGACGCGCACGUAUCUAAGCGCAAACACUGAGUGCGUCCUCACCGCCUUGGCUUCUUUGUGAGCAUCUUCUCACUUCUCAACGUUUCCUCCAUGGUAGUCUCUCCACUACUGUUACUCCUCUGUAGGUGCGACCUCUGACGUAACCACUGGCGGCGUACCUCUCCGAGUACUUGCCAUGGCAAGGCACGCUUACGACACCAGAGACGUUUGCUAACUACACGGAAUUCAACACCGCGUACCUCGCAAGGCACCAGUAACGCUACUCGAAUACGACGCUGCCGGCGGGAACGGUCGACGCGUUUGAUGAGGCCAGGAACACUCAAGUGACGCGAUCGCUACUUCGCUUGCAUCACCCGCCAAUGGACACAGCAGCGUGUUCCUCCAGUGCACUGCUGGGACUCCCAGGACUUGUCUCGUACACCGAGUAACAAAUCGAACUGCUCUGCCGAACGGUUACAACCAAUGCGACGACGCCAUCCCAAGAAGGCUUGUGCUCGAAUUCGCUUCUUU